AUGACAUCAGGCAUGCGUCACGACAUCAUCAUGCACAUGAACAAUAUUGAGGUCAGCAGGUGCAUGCGGGAGUCGGACCCAUACCCACCGACAAUUAAAGGGCCAUUUAAGACCAUUAAAAACCCUAUUGUCCACAAUUUAACAUUGCCUGUGCGAUUUCACAUUCGUUGCGUGGGCACGGCUGUGAAGGAUCAGAGGAGCAGAGCGGCCUUAAACCAGCUCAGAUUUAAUCAUGCAGGCGGGAGAGAGAAUAUGCUCGGCUGCCCCGUGGAGAUGGUGAUAAUACUUGAUGUCUAUGGGCUGCUGCCCCAGCUCCUGUCUCCCUCGGGGCGCAAGAUGCCAGCGUCUGCACCUGCCAAUCAGCGACGGCUGCCCGCUGACGUCAGCGGCAGAUGGCAUGCUGACAACAUGUUGACUUUACCAAUUGAGGAAGUUGUCAUGAUGCCCGGAACAAACUUUGAUGAUGUUAGUGAAGCUGAGGAUAAAGAGUCCGAAAUUUGUGCGGAGCACGAGCAGUGCUCAAUUGAUCUCAGCAACAUUACCCCGUCUGUAGAGUCAGAGAAAGAUGAGAAUGGGAAGGAAGGCGAAGAUGACGAGGAACAUCCCAAAAGGAGAGGACCCAGGAAAAAGGUAAUGACUAAAGAAAGGGUUGAGCGAGUCAAACUGAGGAGGACUGAGGCGAAUGCCAGGGAGAGGAAGCGGAUGCACGGUCUCAACAAUGCCCUGGACAACCUUCGCAAAGUUGUCCCGUGUUAUUCCAAAACACAGAAACUGUCCAAGAUAGAAACAUUGCGCCUAGCGAAAAACUACAUUUGGGCUCUAUCUGAGAUCCUGCGCAUCGGCAAGCGGCCCGACCUGCUGACCUUCGUGCAAAAUUUGUGUAAAGACUUAUCCCAACCAACAACCAAUCUGGUGGCUGGUUGCCUGCAACUCAAUACCAGAAAUUUACUGAUGGAUCAGGGCGGAGAUGGAGCUCACAUCGCUAGGUCACAAUUUUCCUCCACUCUCUACACAUAUCAAAACCCUGAUCUAGGCAGCCCCUCGGGACAGAGUCCAAUGGAAAGUUCCUCCAAGUCCAUCAAACCUUACAGCUAUUGUGGUGCUUAUGAAUCUUUCUACCAAAACGCUUCUCCCGAGUGUGUGAGCCCACAGUUUGAUGGUCCCCUAAGUCCUCCAAUUAACUUUAAUGGGAUUUUCUCCCUGAAGCAAGAAGAUCCAUCUGACUAUGUGAAAAAUUAUCACUAUGGCAUGCAUUAUUCCGCCGUGCCAGCCAGCCGUCCCCUUGGACAGAGCUACAUGUUCAGCCCAGCCAUGCGAUGUGUGGUGCCCACAGACAGUACAUUUCCUUACGAUUUCCAUCUGCGCAACGAGACACUUUCAAUGCAGGACGAAUUAAAUGCGGUUUUUCAUAAUUAA